AUGGACUUCGCCGAGGAGCGUGACCGCGGAAGGAGCCAAAAUGAAGGACUAGCAUCGUUCUCUGAGUAUAGGGAGCCUGCUAGGGAGAGAUCGGAGUCAGUUAGAACGACAGGCAGGCGUAGCGCUCUGCACCCUGAGCCGACAGCGCCAGUUCAGUCAGGUAUAGCCGUUGCGCCAGUUGCGCAACUCGCGUCUAUCCAGCAACAGCAGAUGCCAUAUUUCUCCCCUCUGCCUACUCCAGGAACUCUGGGAGCGCCGUACUUUGACGGGUCUGACGCUACCCUGUUCCUGGAGAAGUUACAGGAGACAUGUCGUCGCUGUGGGCUGCGCUCAGAGACUGAGAUGCUAGAGAUCUUGCCACAGUACUGUGACCGCAUCACAAAGCUAUGGGUUAAGAGACAAAGUCUGUGGGUCGCAAAGGAUUGGGAAGGAUUUAGAGAAGAGUUCUUAGAGCGAUUCUAUGAGACCGAUGAUGAACGCCUUCGAUACACGAAGACGUAUCUCCAAUCUCUGGCCCAACAAACUCGGACAAUGAAGGACGACAUUCAGUCGUACUUGAGAGAGUUUGACGAAGUCUCGGACCGCGUUCUCCAGAAUGGAGAGAUUAGCGACAGCGAACGAGCGAACUUGUUGAUCCAGGGACUGCCCCAGGUACUGAAAGAGAAGGUAGUACGACGCCACUCACGGCGACUACUACCGAGAGGAACGCUGAUCAAGUAUUCCGAAGCCUGGGGUUCGAUCAGGCUCUGUGUCCGUGAGGAAGAAGAUCUCCAGAGAUACCUAGGCCAAGGAGGUGGUCGAGAAGGCAAAGAACGGUUAGAUGGACACCAGCAUCGUGUCACAGCUGAGAGUACACAGGGUCGAAUUCACCAUGAUCAGAGCAAAGAAAUCCGCGAUAUACGGUCGCAAAUGGAAGCUCUCACUCUGAAACUGCAGGCUAGCCAAGACCUACGAAAUGAUUACCGGUAUGAGCCUGAUAGACGUACGCCGACAAACAACCUUGGAGUGAACCCGCCAAUAAGCUGUUGGACGUGCGGAGGAGCUCAUCUUUCGAGACCAGAUAAAUGCGAGGCACUCCGUGAUAUGCAAGGACGUGGCAUCAUGCAUUAUGACCAGAUGAAUCAAAUGAUACUAGGGACUGCGGACCAACCAGGGCCGCGCCUACGUGUUACGCCUGGAAGGUUGAAUCGUGAGUAUUUCCAAGAACAGUAUGACCAGUGGAAGGGGUAUACCACGGCAACGGCACCUUCUAGCAGGGUCACUGCUAUAGCUUCGAAUAGUGCUAUCCCUAUGUCAUAUUCAGCGCCGGUUCAAUCUGUUGCGGCUACCCUCUUAGGUUCGGCGCCUGUGUGGGAAAUUCUCGACGAGGACGAUGAGGAUCUAGCUGGACCAAUAGGAAGUGUGAACGCGAUUGAAGGACGCGCCGCGAAGCGGAGACGUGAACCUGAUAUCGCAAGGACUCGCAGUAUUCACGCUGGAAGGUAUCAGCCACAAGUUGAAGAUGAUGUUAUGCAAGAUGCUCAGCCUGAGGAUUCCCAAACCCAGAGACAGGAAGAUAUAUCUCAGGAACAAGUUGUUAGAAGAAGGGGGCCCGUGGACCCUGAAGUUGCAAGAAGAAAGUCACAAUUAUCCGACAUCGUCAUGCAAAAGAUAUGGAACACGGAAGUCACCCUCACCAUUGGAGAACUUGCUGGCUCUGCCCCUAAGAUCAGGAUUGGCAUGGGGAAAGGAGUUAGCAUGGAUGUUAUCAAUCAGCGGAUCACAGACGUUCUCUCGCAAGCGCACACGCAGUCCAACUUUACAGGGGCAUCUAUGCCGGCAAAAGUCGAGAAACAGAUCAAUCAGCUUGCUAGCGAUGUAGCAGACUAUCACGCAGUCACUGGGAGCCCACUGCAAUCCAGCACCCUGGCUUCUCACGUUAACUUCCAGGAAGUGCAGCUAUCGGACUCGGCAGCCGGGCCCGUGUCCCGAGAAUACUCCAGAGACUUGUUAUUCGCCACGGUAGUGAUCGGCAAAAGAGAGGUGCGAGCAUGUAUCGAUACCGGGUCAUCUGUUAACAUUGUUCGACGAGAGAUCGCGCAGUCCGUGCAGGCAAAGAUGCGCCUGAGGCCAAGAUUGAAGCUAGUGCCUGUUGAUGGAGGAGAGUAUGCGGUAGGCGCAUGUGUGGAGAACCUGCCAAUCAGCAUCGGAGGAAUCACGACAAGGACGCAUACCAUGGUUGGUGAUGGAUGCACGAAUGAUUUGCUGCUAGGGAGGAUUUGGGCGAAGGACUCUCUACUGCAGACGUCCGAGAAAGGAGACGGCAGCGUCAUCUGUACUAUCUCUAGUCCAGACCGACGGACAAGCUAUUCUUUCCUGGCGUACCAUCCACGAGGGGGAGGCUCCUUUUAUGAGGAUCAGCUAUGGCCGGGUGAAGCGAAGAGUGAUGCUUUAAAUGCUCAGGCAGAUGUCUAA